AGAGACAAGACUAAACUCUCACUAAGGAGAUUAAAGAUGGAGAAAGUGGAGGGCGGCUCCCUUGUGUUGGAGAAUGAACAGCACCAACAGCGGUACGAGAAAUGUCUUGAUGAGAUAGUCAUUCAAGUGGUU